GGGUUCAAAGGUAAAGAGUGGGCGGGAUUGUACUUCAAAUCCAACUUUCUACUUCUUCCGUGUGGUGUCGUAAUCGCGAUAUUACCAUGUUAUUUAAGUCUCUGCUCUUCGGGGCUUGCGGUCUUGGCGCACUUGGAGCUGCAGCGUAUAAAUUUGCCCCUACUCAGAUCCCGGCAGCAUUUUUUCAUUCCGUGGUUAGGAAAUCAGCUCUCGUGGAGCAGUCCAACAUGAAGAUAGAGCUGUUGCCUGCACUCACUGAUAACUACAUGUACCUCCUCAUUGACGAGGACACAAAAGAGGCAGCCAUUGUGGACCCAGUAGAACCUGUGAAGGUUGUUGAAGCUGUUAAGAAGCACGGCGUGAGGCUCAAAACCGUUCUAACCACACAUCAUCACUGGGACCAUGCUGGUGGAAAUGAGAAGAUGGUGAAAUUGGUCCCUGGGCUGACUGUGUAUGGAGGUGAUGACAGAAUAGGAGCCUUGACCAAAAAAGUAACACAUUACAACACUUUCAAGGUGGGCUCGCUCAAUGUAAAGUGUUUGUUUACACCGUGCCAUACGAGUGGACACAUCUGCUAUUUUGUGACAUCAGAAAAUAGUUCUGAACCCCCGGCGGUGUUUACAGGGGACACCCUGUUUGUGGCAGGCUGUGGAAAAUUCUUUGAGGGUACAGCUGAGGAAAUGUACAAAGCUCUGGUAGACAUUCUGGGACGACUUCCUCCUGAGACGCGUGUGUACUGUGGUCAUGAGUACACGAUCAACAAUUUAAAAUUUGCACGCCAUGUUGAACCAAAUAACGAGGCCAUCAGGAGAAAACUGGCAUGGGCUAAGGAGAAAUACGAUAACGGAGAGCCAACCAUUCCUUCCACGAUGGCGGACGAGUUCACGUUCAACCCUUUCAUGAGAGUCAGGGAGAAGUCAGUACAGAUGCAUGCCGGGACAAGUGACCCCAUAGACACGAUGAGGAGCAUCCGUAAAGAGAAGGACGGCUUCAAAGUGCCCAAGGACUGAGCUUGUGUGCAGCUUUCAAUGCAUUGAGGAAAUUCUCCAUCACAAUGCGUCUUCAUUGCACUUCAUACUCUUACUAACAUAAACUGGGCUAUACACAGGAAGGAGAACAUUCAUGUUAAUCCAACAUUUAUAAGCUCCUUUAGGGGUAGGGAUUGAUUUAAAUGUUUUGUGUUUCUCUGGUCAGCUUGUUGUUCAAAAUGACCAUCACAUGCCAGCCAUGGCCUCAGAGCUGCACUGAAGUAUUUAGCUGACUUAGCUCAUCUGCUGCUUAUCAUAUAUAAUAUAACUUAUAAGAGUCUUUUAUGAUUUAAUUAAUUGUGUUAGAGCUGGGAAAACAUGAAGCUUCACAGUGCUGUGGCACCUUAAGAGUUUGAUUUGGAUUAAUGUUUAUACAGUAGAAAGUGUGAAAUCAAAUCCAGCAAGCAGCAUAUCUAGUUUCUAAGUUAAAGGUACUCAUUAGUGGCACCUAUAGAAUCUGCAUAAGGAAUACUAACAGCUUCUCAGAGUUACAAAAAAAGUUGUUUCAAACCUUUUUCUGUGAUGUGUUUAGUUUGGUAAAUGAAAAAAAAAAGCCAGAUGUUUCUGAUUUAAAAAUAUUUACAUAUGUUGUGAUUUUGAAAGCAGGGGUUCUUAAUUAGUAAACAGAUGUCUUAAUGUGCAAUGUUUUAUUUUUGUUGACUGAAGAAGACUAUAUUAAGAUGGUAGGUGGUUAUGAUCUUUGUGUUACAAGAGAAAAUGCAUUUACAGGAUUCCAGACAGUAUGCAUGGUCAGAUAUGAGACAUUCAUAUCUUUAAAAUUCUUUCAUAUAGAGGCAAAAGUUGCCAUGCCCUGAUUAUUAUUGUACCCUGCUGUGCACUUUCUGUUUUCAGAAGCGAAAAAGCAAAAAUGAUUAUAUAUCAGUGUGAUCAAUAAAGUGCCUGGGAGAACUAA